CAGACCAGAGCUCAGAGCUCAGAGCCACUCACAUCAGAAGCUGCUGGACGAGGACACAGACCUGGACCUACUCCCAGCUGUGUGUCUCUGAAGAGUGACUGGUCUAUGGAUAGACCUGUUUACUUCAGUAGUGUACAGAACGAUCAGAGGAGGAGCAAGCUUAAUCGGGAGAAACCAGAAGAUCCUGAACUCAGCUGUGUGUCUCUGAAGAGUGGCGCAUCGAAGAAUCUUAACAUUUAUUUCAAAGGUGGACAAGGGCCUUCAGGAGAGAGAGAGGAUCAGCAGGUCUCAGAUGUUCUCAGUCUCCGGUGUGUCCAGCACCAUCAGACAGAUCUGGACUCCACACUUCAGCUCCUUGAGGAGACUGUCAUGACCCUGGUGAAGAAGGAAGUGAGGAGAGUCCAAAGGUUCCUCAGUCCAGAUGAUCCCAAAUACCAGGAUGAUGAGGAAGAGGUGAAGGUGAAGUGUGAUGAGGAGCAGAUGAGGAGCAGCAGAGAAGCCUUCCUGGACUUCAUUAUGAACCUCCUGAGGAGCAUGGAGGAGGAGGAGCUUGCUGGUCGUGUGUGGAGCAGAAGUCGUGCUGGAGCGUGUGCAGGACGACUGAAGAGGAGCCUGCAGAAGAAGUUCCACACUGUGUUUGAGGGAGUGGCUAAAGCAGGAAACUCUGCCCCUCUGAAUCAGAUCUACACAGAGCUCUACAUCACCGAGGGGGGCACAGACCAGGUCAACCAGGAGCACGAGGUCCGACAGAUCGAAGCAGCAACCAGGAAGCAGAGCAGACCAGAAAGGACCAUCAGACAAGAAGACCUCUUUAAAGCCUCAGCUGAGAGAGAGGGACCAUUCAGGAGCCUGCUGACAAAGGGCGUGGCUGGCAUUGGGAAGACCCUCCUGACACAGAAGCUGACUGUGGACUGGGCUGAAGACAAAGCCCACCAGAACUUCCAGCUCAUGUUUCCUUUCACCUUCAGAGAGCUGAACCUGCUGAAAGAGAAGCACUUGAGUUUGGUGGACCUUGUUCAUCGCUUCUUUCCUGAAACUAAAGAAUCAGGACUCAGCAGCUUUGAAGGAGUCCAGGUUCUGUUCAUCUUGGACGGUCUGGACGAGUGUCGACUCCCUCUGGACUUCAACAGCCGGGUCCUGACAGAAGAAACAGAGUCCACCUCACUAGACGUCCUGCUGACCAACCUCAUCAGGGGGAAGCUGCUUCCCUCAGCUCAGCUCUGGAUCACCACACGACGUGCUGCAGCCAGUCAGAUCCCUCCUGAGUGUGUGGACAUGGUGACCGAGGUCAGAGGGUUCACUGACCUCCAGAAGGAGGAGUACUUCAGGAGGAGGUUCAAAGAUGAGCAGCAGACCACCAUCAUCUCUCACAUCAGGAGCUCACGAAGCCUCUACAUCAUGUGUCACAUCCCCAUCUUCUGCUGGAUCACUGCCACAGUUCUGGAGGACAUGUUGAAGAGCAGAGAGACCAGAGAGCUGCCCAAGACCCUGACUGAGAUGUACAUCCACUUCCUGGUGGUUCAGGCCAAAGUCAAGAAGCUCAAGUACCAUGGAGGAGCUGGGACAGACCCAGUUUGGGAUCCUGAGAGCAGGAAGAUGAUUGACUCUCUGGGAAAACUGGCUUUUGAGCAGCUGCAGAGAGGAAACUUGAUCUUCUAUGAAUCAGACCUCACAGAGUGUGGCAUCGACAUCACAGCUGCUGCACUUUACUCAGGAGUCUUCACACAGAUCUUCAGACUGGAGAGAGGACUGCACCAGGACAAGGUCUUCUGCUUCAUCCACCUCAGUCUUCAGGAGUUUCUGGCUGCUCUUCAUGUCCACCUGAGGUUCUUCAACUCUGGAGUCGAUCUGCUUUAUUCACAACAAACUUCUGUACUGACAAGCAUCCUGAGAAACAAACAUCACAUGAAACAGUUCUACCAGAGAGCAAUAAAUGAAGCUGUCGAAAGUCCAAAUGGACAUCUGGACUUGUUCCUGCGCUUCCUUCUGGGUCUGUCUCUGCAAAGCAGCCAGAGUCUCCUCCCAGGUUUGUUGACACAGACAGGAAGUAGCUCCUGGAGCCAUCAGCACACAGCAGAGCUCAUCAAGAAGAAGAUAAGUGAGAAAGUGUCUCCAGAGAGAAUCAUCAAUCUGUUCCACUGUCUGAGUGAAGUGAAGGACACUUCUCUCGUGGAGCAGGUCCAACAGCAGCUGAGGUCAGGACGUCUCUCCACAGCUCAACUGUCUCCUGCGCAGUGGUCCACCCUGGCCUUCAUCUUACUGUCCUCAGAGGAAGAUCUGGAGGUGUUUGAUCUGAAAAAAUACUCUGCUUCUGAGGAGGCUCUUGAGAGGCUGCUGCCCGUAGUUCAAGCUUCAAAACAAGUUCUACUGAGAGACUGUCAGCUUUCAGAGAGAAGUGGUUCCCUUCUGUCCUCAGUCCUCAGCUCUCCGUCCUCUUGUCUGACACAACUGGACCUGAGCCUCAACUACGACCUGAAGGAUCCAGGAGUGGAGCUGCUGUCUGCUGGACUGAAGAGUCCACACUGUCACCUGGAGACUCUCAGCCUGAGCUGGUGUCAGCUGUCAGAGAGAAGUGGUUCCCUUCUGUCCUCAGUCCUCAGCUCUCCGUCCUCUCGUCUGACACAACUGGACCUGAGCUACAACUAUGACCUGGAGGAUUCAGGAGUGGAGCUGCUGUCUGCUGGACUGAAGAGUCCACACUGUCACCUGGAGACUCUCAGACUGAGAGACUGUCAGCUGUCACACAGAAGUGGUUCCAUUCUGUCCUCAGUCCUCAGCUCUCCGUCCUCUCGUCUGACACAACUGGACCUGAGCUACAACUACAAGCUGGACGAUCCAGGAGUGGAGCUGCUGUCUGCUGGACUGAAGAGUCCACACUGUCACCUGGAGACUCUCAGCCUGAGCAGGUGUCAGCUGUCAGAGAGAAGUGGUUCCCUUCUGUCCUCAGUCCUCAGCUCUCCGUCCUCUCGUCUGACACAACUGGACCUGAGCUACAACUACGACCUGGAGGAUCCAGGAGUGGAGCUGCUGUGUGCUGGACUGAAGAGUCCACACUGUCACCUGGAGACUCUCAGCCUGAGCUGGUGUUUGCUGUCAGAGAGAAGUGGUUCCCUUCUGUCCUCAGUCCUCAGCUCUCCGUCCUCUCGUCUGACACAACUGGACCUGAGCUACAACUACGACCUAAAGGAUCCAGGAGUGGAGCUGCUAUCUGCUGGACUGAAGAGUCCACACUGUCACCUGGAGACUCUCAGUCUGUCAGGGUGUAGGGUCUCAGAGAGAGGCUGUGCUUCUCUGGCCUCAGCUCUGACCUCUAACCCCUCCCAUCUGAGAGAGCUGGACCUGAGCUUCAACCAUCCAGGAGGACCAGGACUGAAGCUGCUGUGUGCUGGACUGGAGAGUCCAGACUGGAGGCUGGAGACUCUCAGGCUGGAUCACUGUGGACCACAGAGGUUAACAUCUGGACUGGAGAGAUACUUCUGUCCACUCUCACUGGACCCAGACACAGCUCACCGACGCCUCCUUCUGUCCAACAACAACAACAUGGUGGAGCUAGUGACCGAGGAUCAGGAGUAUCUGGACCAUCCCGACAGGUUUGAGCGGUGUCCUCAGGUGAUGAGCAGAGAUGCUGUGACUGGUCCCUGUUACUGGGAGGUGGAGUGGAGAGGAAGAGUUUCUGUGGCUGUGACUCUCAGGAGAGGCGGAAGGAAAGAAGACCAGUCUGAGUUUGGACAGAACCGUUAUUCCUGGAGUCUGAGCUGCUCUGAUGAUGCUGGAUAUAAAUUCUGUCACAAUAAGAGAGAAACUGCCAUCAAGAGCUCAGAAGUCUCUCACAGAGUUGCAGUGUUGCUGAAUGCAACUGCUGGAGUUUUGGAAGUCUACAGAGUCUCCUCUGGAGUCAGGACCCCCCUCUACACCUUAUUCACCUCCACUGAACCUUUGCACCUGGGAUUUGGACUCAGAGAGGCUCCUGGUUCUGGUUCCUCAGUGCGUGUGUGUGACCUGAGUGUGUGAAUGUGUUCAAAUCCCCAUCCAAACUGCUGAAAGUGAGGAAUGAAUCUGUUUCUGAAACAAACAUGUUCUACGACAGAAAAGAACAAAAGAAUGUGAGAUGUUUGAAGAAGAGAAACUUUCUCUUUCAUCACUCUCCUUUCUCCUGUGAACGUCUUCAUGUUCUGCUGAGUGGUAUCUUUCUGCUCCUUCUAUCAUCACUGUGUUCAGUCACUGAAAGACUCCUCCAAGUCUCCAUCCUCACGUGAAGAAGACUUCAGCACAUUCUCAAACCCGUCUGUCCUUCUUCUUCCCUGUGGACAGAUCACAUGACAACAAUCUUCAUCCAUGAACUCUUGAACUGUCGGUCGACCUUUAGUGAAGAGUUCAGAUCAACUUUGAAAUAUCUGAUUGAAUGACAACAUUUGUGGAGCCACAAAAAGCAUUUGUAUUUGUUUGUGUCAAAAUAUUGCAGCCAUUUUGAAACAGAAAAAAAAUCAUAUUUGAGAUUGGGUCAAAUUCUAAAGGUGUCUGAAAACAUUUUAUGCCACUGUAAAUGAACAGAAAAUCUAGAUUCCCCUCAUGAUCUUUGUCUUUUCCCACCAAGAUUCCCCACUGAAGUGAUUAGAAUGGUAUCAGUGAGGAAGCGUGCAGCUGAGCUCCUCUCAGUAGAUCAGCAACUGUCACUAGAGGAAUAAUAGUCGAAGCUCACCAUCAUGGAAAAUGACAUGUACUGUACCACAGAGGACUCUCCGCAGGCCAUUUGAAUUCCUCCUAUCGUGUCCCUGUUUCUGGUUGGAAAGGUUACGGCCGUGGUGUGACAGAGUGUGGUGUGACAGAGUCACAGUAAUCAGGAAGCUUAAAGGUACGUUCACACCGAACGUGCCUUUUUAGUCACAGUAGCGUCGUCAGUAGCUGGUAGCUUGCUCAGGUCGUGAUUAGUUGCCACCUACCCGGUUCGAACACGUCGGCAAAGUCGCCGGGGGGCGUGGUCUAAGGUUGUGAAUUGUGGAUUUAAAGAUGGCGGAGCUUGGUCACGUACAAGCUGUAGCGGCGCUUUAUCUUUUCGAAAAAAAGGAAAAAACAACAUCUGUGGGUACAUGAUGUCCUCCGAAAUCGCUCGCAAUUCGCCGAGUUUCACCACCUCCUCCAGGAGCUUCGGCUGGAUGACGAGCGGUUCCAGCGGUACUUUCGGCUGAACCCAUCCAGUUCGACGACCUGUUGUCCCGGAUCGGUGCUCGGAUUUCCCAUCAGGACACCAACAAUCCCCGCGGCUGAAUGGCUGUCCAUUUGCCUCGUCAAUGUGUAAUGUUAUGAAGUGCAUCGCAUGCGCCGACCUUCCUGCGGGGGAACGGCGGAGGAGGGAGGCCCUCCGCUCGUGGUUCGGUGGCCUGGUCGAGAAGGCUAAGCCGCCCAAGCCCAAGGCGCGCCAGCCCACGACCAAAGGUAAGGGCAAGCGGCCAAAGAUGAAGUCCUGGGACGAGUAUGAUGAGAGCGCCAAGGUCCGGGUAUUCGUGGAGGAGGACCCGGAGCUUCUGUUUGCCUACGUCCCCGCGCCGGCUCAGGACUUGGCCCUGUAGGAAGGCCCGAGUGGGAAACGUCUCCACCACCGAGACGUUUCCCACUCGACGAUAUGCCAGAGCUCAUCGCGUCGGCGAUGGAGAGGCUGGGAUUAAAACCCCCGCAGGACCCACAUCCUCCUGAGGAAGAAGACUUGUCUUGCUCGGUGCACGAGCUCAAAUCCAAGCCAAAGAGGAGGCCGUCGACCACGUGCCUGAAGAUUCCGUCGUUGUGGGGAUUCUUAAAGAAGGACAUGGAGGCCCCAGCGAACGUCAAGACUCCAGCCGAUGCAUACGAACCGUAUGCAAAGGUGGACGGAGUCGACUGGAGGAAAGGCCUCCCUCCGCUGGGCGACCCGCUGGCCUUGUGCCUGGCGCCAAUCCUUCACCGAGGGCAACAAGGAAGCAGGUCAUCCCGGACGAGCAUUCUCGCUAUACUUAUGCCCUGGUCGACAGGGUAUACAAUUGUGCGACGCAGGUCACGGCGUUGGCCAACAAUAUGUCUCUUUUGGCCUGCUCCAUGGACAGGAUGCUCUACGGCAAAGAGGACCUGACCCCAGAGGAGCUACACGAGGCCCAAGUGUCCAUGGCCACCUUCUUACGGAUGGCACAGGCCUUCAUCAAGGCCGGAGGCAAGCGCUGUUACAAAUGGCAGCGUGGAACAUGUGGCUUGGCCUUUCGGGACUGGGGAACAAAGAGAGACGCGUCCUCGCUGGUGUCCCCAAUUCUGAGGACUCGCUGUUUGGUGAGGGAAUUACUGAACACGUGGAGAAGCUGGAGAGUUCACGCAAGACGGCGGGCUCGCUGUCGAGCAUGCUGCGCAUGGGCUCGGAGAGGAAGCAGCCUCCUUAGAAACAAACAGAACACUCCAGAACACUACCAGAGAGCAAGAAAUGGAGCUGUAGAAAGGUCCAAGCUUCAAAGGCAGGUUUCUUUUGUUUUGUGAUUUGUAAAUUCUGGGUUGUCUCUGAUAUUCCUUUUCUUGUUAGUUCAUUAUUGACUUAGUCUUUCACGUAUUUUGUUUCUUUGUUUCUCUGACCCGGUCUGCCAUUGACACUCUUCUUGUAGCAGCUGGGGCCUGGAUGGUGUAGGUGACCUGGUGGCGGUUCCUUUUAUCGUGUGCUGUGCUGUCGGGGACACGUUUGCAUGUUUGUGCAGCUUGGAUGCGUUUUUCGGGUUCAUCAGUUUGUUGUGUGGUUGGACCCGCUGUCUUAGAGGGUGUCCCCCAUCCUGGUGCGCCCCAGCUCCACUACAGUCUUGUUACUUUUAUUUUUGAU